AUGUCAACCAAGACACUUCAAGAAAGUAUUGAUCAAGCGAAAAAUGUACUUGUAAAAAGUUUACAUUUAGUAAGAACACGAAAUCAUGAUCUGAUUGAACUUGGUGAAGCAGCUGAAAAACUAGAAAAAAAAACCAAAGUAUUUCAACAAGUUUCAGAAAAAGUUAAAUGGCGAACAUGUUGGAAAAAUAAUUGUCGAAGUAUUCAAUUGAUAUUAAUGCUGAUUAUUGGUAUUAUUAUCUUCUGUCUUUUAUUAUUUGGUUUUAUUAUACUUAUGUUUUAA